AUGAAGACUUACAAAUUAUUUACCAAAACAGACAGAGAUAGGAGCCAUUCAAUAACAAUCACUGAACUAGAAGAACUGGUAAAACAGCUUGAAUCUGGAAAGGUUAACGUGGACAGUGACUUUGCCCUGUCAACACUGUCAAGAAUAUUCGAUCAAAACAGAGAUGGAAGGAUAAAUGAAGAAGAGUUCAUUGAGGGAUCCAAGAAGUUGAUACAGGAAGCUAAGGACGAUUCCACCUCGAAGAAAUUUCUUGAUGAGGUAGUUAAGGCAUACACAGAGGGACACAAAAAAGAUAUAGUUAAGAUUGAGGAGCUCAUACCACGAGCUUUGAAGCAAAUUCAGAACCAAACAAUUGAAUCCGAAGGCCUUCGAAAUGAUGAUGGUAGCCCCAACAUCGAAUCCAUUAAAAGGCUCUUCCAUAAGUUAGAUGAUGAUCAUAACAGUUAUUUAAUACCGUCAGAACUGGAGAAGCUAACGGAAAAUGUCAAAUUCAGACAGGCACGCCUGAACCACAAAACCUCUGUAAAGGAAAUCAUGAAGGACUUCGAUCAAAAUGAUGAUCACAUGAUCGAUGAAAAUGAGUUUCUCCGUGGUGUGACAUAUUGGCUUUGUAAUGCCAAACAAACUAUUAAAGAACAUCAUGAUAAGGUGAUGUGGGGAGAAGUUGACAAGUUCUUGGAUGAAGCAGAAAGAGGAAACCAUAGACGUUUCAACCACUCUUUGGUGUUAAAAUGGGACAUCUGCAAGUCUGUGUUACAAGUGAUUUUGGGCAUUGCUAUAUUGACACUGUGUGCAGAUCCAAUCAUGGAUAACAUUAUACGACUGGCGAGUGCAAUUGGCGUGCCUUCUUUCUUCCUAUCAUUUGUCAUAGGACCUUUGGCUAUCAAUGCAAGAACUGCAAUAACGGCAAUAACUUUACUAUCAUCAGCAAAUCAGCAGAGUUGCACAACUUCUUCUUUGACAUUUUCCGAGAUCUAUGUGGGGGUGAUCAUGAACAACAUUAUGGGGAUGUCAACUGUGUUAACUGUAUUAUAUGCCAAAGACUUGAGAUGGGAGUACUCACCUGAAGUGUUGGUAUCUAUGGUGAUAUGUGCUGUAACUGGCUCUUUUGCAUUCACCCGUACCACUUAUCCACUUUGGACUUGUAUUGUAGCUUUCUUGUUUUAUCCUAUAGCACUUGCACUACUUUAUAUUUUACAAUAGUUACAAUCUAAUUAUUCUUGUAAUUAAAAUCCUCUAUUCUACUCAUUUAUAGCUGCAUAUGUAUGGUGGUGAUGUUACUGCUUUACACUAAUUACUAUAA